AGGCAGCUUCGGGUUCAACGCCAACAUAUUCUCAGCUGUUAAAGCCAAGACGGCAUCCAUGGAUGCGUACCGGUUGCACGGCGGGUUGGUGCUGGGUUGAGAUGAAGCCGUCGGAGCAUCUCUCCUUCACCGGGACAUGCGAAGUUCAGGGCUUCGUGGACCUUGGAUCGUUCACGCCGGAAGAUGCUCGGCGUACUCCAGCGGACCACGGCCUGGUUAUAAUGUUUCAGCCGUUCGUAGGUGCAUGGACGCAGAUUAUAGGUGUCUUCGCCUCACGGGGAAACGUGAAAGCGCACCUGCUGACGAAGAUCCUCGUGGAAGCCAGCAUCUUGUGUGAACAGGCUGGUCUGUUCGUCGAUUUGCUCUGCUGUGAUGGCGCCUCAUGGAACCGCUUCAUGUUGCACAUGCUUGGUAUUAGGGCCACUAACAGCAAGGACGUCAACUGCAAGAUACCUCACCCCGUCGAUUCCUGGAGAUCCCUGUACUUCCUGUCCGAUUUUCCACACCUGGCGAAGUGCGUACGACAUUCGUUCCAAAAAGCUGGCUUCGACACGCACAAGGGAAGGGUACUUUGGGAGCAUACAAAAGCAGCCUGAAAGUCCGACUCGAGAAACCCUGCACUAAGAGCGAUGCCGAGAAUCACGUACACCCACAUUUAUCCUGGCCCAUUUGACAAAAUGCGCGUGACCCUAGCCUUCCAGAUCUUCAGCGACGAUGUGCUCCGCGGAUUUCAAAUCUGCUGCGACGAUAUCAAGGCGUAGUACGGUGACUAUGGAGCGACGGAGGAGUUCAUCAGGCUCAUGCAGUCUCUGAUAUCUGAUGAUGAGGUAUGAAGCGAUGAGGUAACACACGCGCCUUCGCUUUUCUUCUGAGAA